AUGGAAAAUGAUUUCUAUCUCCAGCUGUCAAAUCUUGUACCAGCAUUUGCCGCAGGAUGGCCUCGCAUUCAGACUAUCAAGCUCAACGAUGCACGUCGGAAGCCCUACUCUCCCAGUGACUUUGUCUGCGAAUGCUGUGGAUACGUCGAAGACGUGUACGCGGCAUGGAAUCCUGAAUGUGCGCUCCGUUUUAUUGGCGCAUUCAAGCAUCUCAAGACAAAACAAGUCGAGAUGCACUUUCUCGAUGACGCGAUCCUCAAUGCACUUUUGACGUUGCCUAGUCUCGCCAAUCUUCACCUUGGGACAGAUGAAGAAUGGGACGAUUAUAACCCAUUGUUGCUUAGAACACAUGGAUGCUUUCACUCACUGCACACAUUGGACAUCUCUUUACCGCCCACUAUAGCGACAGGUCUCAUCUGGAAUUGCGACUGGCCUGCACUCUGUGUGCUCUAUGCAGACCCCACAUACUCUUCGUCGUACAAUCUGUCUGCAUUCCUCGAUAUCACAAGUUGCAGCCUCAGUCUCACAGUUGCUGAGGCAAAUAACAUUUUCCCACGCCGUCUACCUCCUUGA